AUGCAACAGGAGCAUGGUCAGGAAAACAUGGUUGCAGAGAAGAGGUGUGAGAGGUGCAGGAAGUGGCAAGAACACUACUACCGGGAGCACAUGGAUGUCACCAAGAUCCGCUUCUUCAAGCUUAUGACCGGAGAUUUCGCCAAGGGCGUUAGCAUACCGGUGAAGUUUGUGAGGAAUUUCAAUGGGCAGAUCACUGAAGUGGUUGAACUGAAAGCGGCAAGUGGUGAAACAUGGCACGUCGGUGUAGACAAGAUUGCCGAUGAGCUUCUCCUCACGUCAGGAUGGGAGGAUUUUGUCAAGGCUCGUGAAUUGCAGGAGAAUGACGUCCUGCUGUUCACUUCCAGUGGCAACUCUUCCUUUGAUGUCCUAAUCUUUGAAGCGAGUGGCUGCGAGAAACUGUCUUCCCUGUUUGAUCACAAAACUGGUCCUUAUAGAAUGCACAAACAUUUGAAUGAUAUAGCGGGUCGACAUGCUGAACAAUAUAUAACUGAUUCCGAGGAUACUGUUGUGCCAUCGCAGCUGGUUGGCUCCACACACAAGGCUUCUACUGCAAAGAAACAUAAUUGCAAAGGUAAACCAAGUAAGUAUCAAUCCCUAAACAGCAGUAGUUUCCAUGUUAAGCAUGAAGCAAUUGAGGAAGAGGAGAGUAAUGACAGCUAUGCUGACUCCAAGUUGUACUACUCAAGGAAUGCCAAUCAGGUUACAGAGGAGGAAAAGGAGAAGAUUCUCAGUUUGGCCUCCAUCCAACCAGAAAAUCCUGCAUUUGUGGCUGUUCUGCGGAGGAACCAUCGUCAACGUAGGAACAACUUUCUGACUGUCCCCAGUAGAUUUGCUGCAGAUCAUCUUCACGAAAGACCACAAGAGAUCAUACUUUGUAGGCCGAGAAGAAAGGACAGGUGGUUCGUCAGAUACUAUUACACGAGCUACAUCCGGGGCUUCCAAAACCUGCAGUUUUUCAAGUUUGUGCACGACAACAAGCUUCGCGAGGAAGACACCUGCGUCUUCGAGCUGAUGAAAGGAGCAAAGAGGGUGACAAUGACAGUCCAUGUCAUCAGGAAGGUUGGCGACCGGUUUGACCUGGUGGGCUAAGUUCUUGGUUCUUUGUAGAAUCGGCAUGUAGGAUGGACUUGUACAUACAGGUGUAGUUUCUGAAGCAUGUACUAUGUAGAAGUGGCACUGGAAACUGAAGCUGAAAGUGCCUAGUGUGACGCCUUGCAUGGAAUGCAGCAGGUGCACUUUUGUUUCCUGUAAGGUAACCUCUUGAAGCAGUUUGGCCGUGUGGGUACUAGGACAAGGUUUGAUCUGUGUAUGCAAAAUGUUUCCAAGGAAAUGGUGCCCUAAGAUAGUGGCUUGUGCUUUCAAGUUUGUGCACUGCUACU